AUGGAAGAUGGUCUAGAAGAUGACCAAUCAAAUGGUCAUCAAACAGAAUCAACGAAUGGGUUGGAAGUAGCCGAAGAUGGACCAGGAAAAGAGUAUGAAGUAUAUAUUCGGAACGAGGAACUCGUCGACAAACUCAAACUUUUAAACUACGAGGACGGCUUUUUGAAACUUGGUGUUGCUUAUAAACCAAUUUCAAAACACUACUUUGUGAAAUCAGUAAAUGUGGGUGAGCAGUUCUUUUUGUUUACUUCGUUAGCUGCUUGGCUAAUCAAAAAGUCGGGAGAAGAAUCAUAUAUUAUGCCACAGGAAUUUGAUGAUCCAAACUCUACAAUUGCAAACAUACUAGCAGCUGCGAAAAAUAAGGUACGUUCGUGA